UUUUCAAAUUGUGCAAAAUAGAAGGCGAUAAUUCCAUAAGUAUUUACAGAGUAAAAAAUAAUCGCAAUAGAAACCCCAUUUACAAAAAAGACCAAUAAGGCCAACCCAAUUUCAGCGGGACGAUGAGUGUAGCGGUGAGCAAGCUGCCACCAUUUCCAAUGCCGAUGCUGCUGCACCAACUGCGCACAUUAUCAUCUUCUUCAUCAUCUCGAUGCUUCUCCUCCUCCUUGUCAAUGAGAAGAUCAACAUCAUCAUCACCUUCAUUGAGCUGUUUUCCGCGAUCAUUUACCACGACAGUAAAAAACGACGGCGGCCACGAAAACGAUCUUCAUAUUGAAGAAAUCUUCGCGAAGAAGCGCUCACUUCGUACUCAGAUACGUAAACAGCUCAAGAACAUGAGCCCAGAUCAGAGAACUGAAGAAGAUAAUACAAUUCAGCAUGCUGUAUUGGAAGCUCAUUGGUUUCAAUCUGCCAAUGGUUUAUGUGCUUAUGUAAAUUGUGAUGCCUUACGAGAAGUUGAUACAUCAAAAUUUUUGUCAAAGAUAUUAUGCAAUGAAGCUAAAGAACAUUACAAAUGUUACCUUUCAAAAAAAAAAAAACAUUACAAAUGUUAUGUUGCUAGCAAUCAAUGUGUAGGCAUGGAGGUCCUUAAUGCAUUCUCAUCUGAAGAUAAAUGUUCCAAGAACAGGAAAAAGCUGUUUCUACCACGGAUUGAAGACAGGAAUAGCAACAUGAAAAUGCUCCGGGUUUCAAGUUAUGACGAUCUUAUCCCUAACUCUAUGAACAUCUUGGAGCCGACCCUGCAGGAUCAUGAUGGAAAUGAGCGAGAAGAUCUUAUGCAGGCAAGUGAACCUGUAGACUUGUUUAUUCUACCAGGUCUUGCAUUUGACAAAUCUGGAAGACGGUUAGGGCGAAGUGGAGGUUACUAUGAUGUGUACCUGAAGAAGUACUUUGAGAUAGCCGAAAAAAGGAAAUGGAAACCGCCUCUCAUAGUUGCUCUUUCAUAUUCAAUGCAAAUUGUGGAGGAUGGAUCUAUUGGUGUUACUUCUGAUGAUAUACCAGUCGAUGCUCUCGUGUGCCCGGCUGGUGUUAUCUACACAAAUGAGGUCGAAAGAAUUGACAACUUUGGACUGAUUUCUUUGGGAAUUAACGUGUUGACGUGUCGUAAUGUUUACAUUUUAGCGGAAUAUUCGGGCAUUUGGGGUAUUUCGUUGUAAACAAAAAGAACAACUUGUUACAAACAAAAGAGCCAAGACCUCGAGAAAUAGACUUGAAGACUUGAGUGAGAGUCUAAACAAAGUUCUUUUAACAGCAACUGACUAAAUAAAUUAUUCUCUUUUAAGUUUUAACUAAUUCAACACUAGACUUCAAAGGAGAACCAUAGACCACUAGUAUCAUUACCAACCCCCGUGAGGCGUGAGGUCUCCCUCGUAUGUACACUAAUGGACAAAUUAUCAACGUAAGGUAUUGCGACUUUUCCCCAUGAAAUAAAAGUAGAGAUAUACCGUCCCUACUGGCCGGUUGUAUAAAAAUAAAUGUUUCUGUAGUAAAUUUAGAAAUUGUACGGAGUAUUAAUAAAUACUCCGUACUACGUAAUUGUAUACCAAGCUCUCUCAAAGAAAGAAAGAUAAUUGUAUACUAAGAAAAAUGUUAAAAUGUUAACAUCUAAAAUGAGUCACAGAUAAUAAAAUAGGCUAGUUGAAAGUUGAAACAGGUCUAGUCUGUGUAUUGUAUAUUUGUAUGGAGUAUAUGUCACUCCCCCAAUUUGCAAGAGAUGGAAAGCAAUCCAAGUUACGUAUAGAGGAAAUGAAUUUUUUUAUUAUUGCAUAUUGAAAAGGACAAAUUGUUUUUUACCACCUAAAAAAGUUAAAAAAUUAUUUUUUACCACCUAAACUAAAACUUGUAUUUUACCACCUAAAAAUAAUAAUUAAAACUUGUGUUUUACCACCUAAAAACGGAAAAAAAAGAGAUGCUAUCGUUAUAUGGGCUUAUUAAUUCAAUUUUCCUCCAAUUUUAUACUCCCUCUGCGAUUUCUUUAAAUCCUUCACCCUCUAUCUUAUUUCCAUUAAAUUUUGUUACUUUUGUUAAUUAAUGAAAGAAAAAAUCAUGUAAAUUCAUAAAAAGAAUGAAGUAUCAUUAUUGUGGCCCUUUCCAUAACGAUUUCAUCUCUUUUUUCCAUUUCUAGGUGGUUAAAAACAAGUUUUAAUUUUUUUUAGGUGGUAAAAAAUAAUUUUUAAAAUUUUUCUAGGUGGUAAAAAACAAUUUAUCCCAAAAUUAUUUUCCUACCGAUUGGUUGAUUUUACCUAAGGGUGAGUUUAUCCCUAUUCUUGAAGGGAGUCUUGAGGUGAGUCUCAAACCUAAAUCUUGGAAUAAUGUGGUAAAAGACUACACCAAGUCUUGAAGUGAGUUUGAAAAUCAAAGACUCACUCAAGACUUACUUAAUACUCCACUUUUUUCUCCCACCAAUCAAAUAAUGCCACAUCAUCAAACUUAAUUUAUCUUAUUUCACCCAACUAAAUUAUUAAUGGUUUAUAUAUUGUUUUGUUUCAUUUGCCUUUAAAUUAAUGUUCUAGUUAUUUUUAAUUUUAAUAUGUUGUAUUAUUGUUUCUAAUUUGUACGGAAUAUAUGUCAACUAGAUUUUUGCCCGUGCGAUGCACAGAUUCUAUUAAAUUCUUAAGUUAAAAUCAAACUUUUAUAUAUACCAAUUUUAUAUAUUAGAUUAGAUUAAUUUUUGA